AUGGCGGACAGACCUGAAGAAAACGGGCUGAGCGAUACAGAAGGAAAAGAAGGCACAGAGAGACCGCAAUCGGGAAGAUCGAAAGGCUCAGCCGAAUCUAGAAAGUCCAUUCAAGAUGCAGUUAGCAAGCUGACUGUUAAAGCUCUGAAAGAAUUUCGUUUGAGUGAUCCGAGUGAUGUGGAUACCGUUGUGACCGGUGCAGAAAGUGAAGGCCUUGUUCCCACUGCAACUUUAACCCAAGAGAUUCCAACGUUUGAUCCUAGAGGAGUACCAGGGGCGCAGACGCUGCUCUCUGAAGUAAUUAGUGGCGAUGAUACAAGAGAGGAUGAGAUCGGAGCUGAAAUUGAUGGCGGAGACGAUGAAGACCUAUCUGAAGAAGAAUAUGGUUCCGAGGGUGAAAAUGAUAUGGUGGUUCUUGAUCCAGACCAUGUGAGUAAACGUAUAUUUUAUGUCAGUGAAACAGUUCUCAAAUCCGUAACAUUUGCUUUAGAGUUUCAAAGGAUCAAAAAAUGAGAAAAUUACAAAUUACUAAGAAACACAGUUGCACUGAAGUGAAGCCACUUACUGUAUGUAAGCUUAUGCAUAACUGUUAAACUAAUCAUCAUCUCCCACCGAAUCUGUCUGUUUAUUAAAUACAGUGUACAUGUACAAGUUGUGGCUUAAUUAUUUGAAUAGGCAAAGAGAUAAAAAAUCAAUUGGUUUAAAUUGUCCAAACUGAAAAUAUAUAAUAAGCUCACAGUUAUAAUGAAAAUUGUCUUUUUGGAUAAUUCCCGUUUUUUUUUUAAAUUAAGAAAAUCCUGGUAUUUCAUCACAUCUUCACCUUCUGAAUUACUUAACCUGAGGCUAGAUGAAUUCUUAUUGACUUGUAUGUGUUUUUCUCCUUCUUACAGCCUCUCAUGGUCAGAUUUCAAGCAGCAUACAAAGCACAUUUACUCAAGCAACAGGAAAAAGUUAAUUUAGAACUCCGAGAACUGGUGAGUAGAGAUUAGGUUACCUGCAAAGGAUGCCAGGAUGUUGCAGUGUAUUUAUGACUGAGAGGCUCUUGCUCUCAAAAGAGUUGACACAAGGUGGAGAAGGGUUUAAAGCCAGACUCACCUAGACACCCAGAUCUUUCUUAAAAAUUCAUGAUUUUUGGGGAAGAAAAUUAAAAAGUGCAGAUGCAAGGAAACUCACAAAAACAAGAGGUGGAGAUUCAUUGCACACAGCUCAGAGAUUUGAAGAUCAUAAUGAAACGAUUCCAAAGCUUACAAGCUAUCACACUAUAGCAUGCCUUAGCUACCAUAUACAUGUAAAUGAGAAUUUGUUACUUUGUUGAUACCUACAAAAUGAUGGAACUUGAAUAUAGAGUACAGUUUUACUAGUUAAGAAUGCUUUGAUUGUUUUUUCUUGCAACGCAGACUGAAGAUCUCAAAACCAAGAAGCGUGAGCGGGAAGAGCUUGGUGUGCAGCUGUAUGGAGUUCAACAGGAGCUUGCAAGACAGCAAAUGCUUCUUGAGAAAGAACAUGAUAACUUUAAUUCAGAAAAUCAUCUUAGGUUGCAAAGUGAAAAGCUUCUUGAAGAAACAAGAGCACUGCAUGAAAAAACUACCGACGAUCUCAAACAUCAGCGAAAACAAGGUACUCAUGGAUGCACGAAAAUAGUUACAGAUAAAGUUCUCUUGGAGGCCACUCUCAUUUUGCGGAUACAACUUACUUGAAAUCCAUGGUCUUUCUCGUAUUUGAUUUUGUACUCUUGUCAUUAUAUUUAUUUCAGUUGGGAGUGGCAUGAAGUAAGGAAAGCAAGAAAAUAUAGAGGUGCAGGACUGGUGAGAGUGGUGAGGGAACUGAACUCUCUCCUCUGUCCCUCUCCCUUGCUUUAAUUUUUCAUGCCCUUUUACUUUGUGCCACUCCCACCUGAACUCCUGGACCAGGCUAACAUCUACAGGGUUAAUAAGUAUCCUUGUAUAUGUUAUUAUAGACAUUUCUUCUUGUUGUUGUAGGUAAAGUUUACUAUGCACAGUUAAUUAAAUGACAUUUGUGGCUAAUAAUCAUUGUACCUACCAUGUGGGAAAUUAUGGAUCUCAGAAAUUUUUCAAUCUCUAAAGUUUUUUUGGUUAUUCUCAAAAUGUCAGUUUUAUGUUUAUCUCUUUUGAGUUUUUUGACAUUGUUCUGCAAGGUCUCAGAUUUUCGAGCAGGGUCUUGUUGUCUGUGAGUCUCAGAAUGCUUGAGACCUUUCACUGUAUAUCGGUAAACUAGACUUAAAAUUGAUACAGAUAAUGCAGGGGUUCUUGUGAGUUUUGUCCAGCAUUUUGCUUGUGUGUUUUCUCCAGCUAAAGAGCUCAGAACAGAAGUGGAAAACCUAGCAGCUAGAUUGCAUUACAUGGAGGAAGCUAAAGAGGAUGUUAGGGCAGACAUUGCUGUUAUGAGAAGGGCAGCAGAGAAAGCAGACACUGAAGUGACUAGAGCAGAAAUGGAGAAAAAGAAACAGGUUGGUGAAAAAUAGUAGAAAUUUGUACAAAAGUCUACAUAGUUGUUGUAAUGGUGUGUCAUUGUGUUGUUUUGUUUUUGUGCUAUAGUUGACACAUUCAUUUUGAAGGUUAGCACCGUACCUUUCCCAACGUUUUGCAUUUUAGAUAUUAAAUUUGUACCCUUGAAGCAUUGGCCCGGGGAUGUCCCAAACAGCUGGUUUGCGGCUAAUUUAACCGUCUGAAGAAGACAUUGCCACCGGCUAAAAUUACUCUGGAAAACAAAAUCAGGGGUUAUUUUAAAGGCGCAGUUGAAUAAAAAAGCCGGCUCAGUUGAAUAAAAAAUCCAGCUUGCUACUUGACUAUUAUAGAAAAGUCUGAUCAGGUUUUAAAGCUACAUCCCUGUGAUGGUGAAAAACUGAAUUCUCUUAGUCUACCUCCUAUCCCUCAAAAAAAGUUUGAUCUAACUAUCACAAAAUCUUUUCUAAAGAAAAAUCUGUAAAUUCCAUCAUAGUUAGUAGAGAGGAGCUGUCUACUCAAUAUGAUUCCAUUACAGCCUCUGAUCCUGGGCUACUGCAGUUGUGUCACUUACAAUACAAAGUAAAUACCUCAUGUUACAGUAUUUAUUUAUAACUUUACAAUAUUUUCGUCUCAGGUUAAAAAUUAUCAUGUUCGAUUAUUUUACAGGAUCUUCUGGUAGACAGGCUGACACAAACUGUUGAUCGACUGAGAGAAGAGAUUGAUAUGUUCGAGACUCAGGCUGUUGCUCAGCUGGAGGAAACUAAAGCUGCUCAAAAAGCUCUCUCAGAAGCAACCACAGAAAUAGAGGUACAUGUAGGAAAAAAUACUUAAACUUUGUUGUACACUACCAAAACUAAUGAAUAAUUAUUUUUCCUGAAGGAGCAACUAUUUUGCAAAAUGAACAGCAAAUUUAUGAUCCAGUUCCUGCCCAAAGUAUUUUAACACUCUAACGAUUUUUGAGAGAAUAAAUUUAUCUACAGCGAUCUACAGCAGGUUGUUGGAAAGUGAUUGAUGAACUUCAAAAUCCUUUAUUCAUCAAGUCUUAAAUUAAAACCGUUAGGUACAAUCAGAAACCCAACAUGUCUCGUUUUAAACUUGGUAAAACACUUAAGCAAUUUUAAUGAACCAAUAACCCUUUAAGUCUUAAUAUCCACAUAUAAAUUCUCCAUUCCAAUCUUUGUACAUUUCCUUAAAGAAUUAGCUGAGAAAGUUUGAUAACAGAUCAAAGCAUUUUCUCUUUAGUGAUCAUUGUAUUAACUGUCAUAACUAUUUCUCUUGCCAACAUAUGGAUAUUGUUGGGAGAAAAUUGUUGUUGGUCACUAUUGGGACUUAAAGGGUUAAUACUUUGAAAAUUUGAAAUGUGUUCCCUGCUAGCAGAGGUCUCCCACGUAGCAGAGAAUGAAAUGUGUAAAAUGCAGUGGACAAAAAUUUCCAGUCUUCAUCAUUCCUCAGACUGGAAGAGAGCAGAAGGAUUUUACCCCUGUUGACUUUUAAAAAAAUCUCCUAAGUUGUGGCCAACCUUGAGGACUUCAAGACUUACUUCUCAUGAAUCUGUUUAGGCUCUUCAACUGGAGAAGAAGCAGUUGACUCAGCAAUGGUACAGUAGCUUGAUUGGGAUGAGAAGACGUGAUGAAGCAUUUGCCGCUAUGCAGGAAGCAUUGAGGUGAGGCAUUGCCAUGCACCUCCUAUUUAGUACUUACAGUGUCCACAGAGAGACUAGAUUCAUUUAUAAUUUAUAGUGCGAUGGCAAUCACUUAAUGAUGUACAGCAGUAAAUAUACCAAAAAAUGGAAAAGACAGAGAACAGUACCCCCAUCACAUUUUUUCAAUUCCAAGAAAUCCCCUGAUUUUCCAACUACGUUACCUUAGGGCACAUUCUACAGUAAACACUCAUCAUAUCAGUCAUAUCAGGUCUAUGUUUGUAAUAACAUUCACACACAAACUCCCAAUGAAAGGGAUCAAAUUUUAAGCAGGUUCAAACAACCUUUUUACUCGAGCUUUCCCCAUAGAAAUUGGGAGGGGCAGGAAUAGGCCCUGGCAUCAGUUAUCACAAGUCCUGGCGUGAAUAUUCCUGAGAUUCUAAUUUAAGCUACCAGCUGGUUUAGCGCAAACAACAGUGAGUACCACAUUUGACAGUUUAGCGGAAAUAAAAAAUAAAAGUAUUGGGAACUAUGUUUAUACUUUCGUGUGUGCAGUUCCUUAAAUGGGGAAGUCAAAGUGAGGUCAAUUGCUUCAGAUAAACCUUAACUGACAUGCCUGUGAUGUUAUAAUCAGCCGGAACGUCUUACAGGUUUUACAAAUUUCAGGCUUUUGUUUCCACGGCCAGUUAAUUUAAAGACUUGAAUUGAACUUAAUUUAAGCAGAAUUGUUCAGCGCAAUGUUUUCUGGAAUAUGGGUACAUUUAGCGUACACCUCGGACUGUUAAUAAAUUUCUAAAAUCUUUAACUUUUAGUCUACAAAGGCAGAGAAUCCAGGCCAUAGAGACAGAGAUUGAAGGAUACCGAAAGUCAAUCAGCAAAGCACAGGAACAAAAUGAACAGAUCACGCUAAUGCAUAACAAGAUUGAGGCUGAUAUCUCAAUGGUGAAGAAACUGAUCGCUGUCAGCAGAAACAAGCAAGAAGUGCUCAAGACUGAGUACAGCAAGUAUUCAAGGACAUUGCAUGAAACAGAACAGCAGCUAAACAGAGCAGAAACUGUAAGAGUGAUAUGUGAUAUUUGCAUUCGAGCUUUAUGGCACUGUCAUGUGCAAUUUAAUUCAACUUACAUGUAGCAUAAGAUUAUUUUCAAUCCUGGAAUUCACCACAGAAUUGGAAGGGGUUUGCUGGAAACAUCGGGGGAGGAACAGAAGAUUCAACCUCUUUUCGUGUUUCACACCCACCCUCCCCCCUCCUCCCACUUCAACCAGCACUUUUCGUGAAGCCGUCUUCAUUCGCCGAAAAGUUGCCGAGAAGAAACCGGCAAACCUUUCGAGAGUACAAGAAAUUUGGGUCGACUCCUCCGAGUUUUCGAGAAGUCGAGAUGAUUCUAUCUUUUGCAGGUAGUCCCUGUCCCACUCGAGCUUGAAAUCUGCUUUGCGAAAAUUUUAAAAACGGCAUGAAUGGCUUUAGCCGGAAUUGAGAGUUUCCUAUCAACCAGUUAGUCACGUGACUUAUUUUGAAAUUUGUAUUGCCUCAUACCAGGAAGUGACGCUGAAGGACAAUGAGAUCACAGCCCUGAGAAAACAGACUGAGCGGGAAUUUCUGGAGAAGAUUAAAAUUGAAGAUAAUAUCAUGGAAAAAAUGAGAAGUCAGUUGACUCUGGACAAGGCUGCACAGUAUACCAAGAAAAUGACAGACAGGCUGAGAAAACGAGCUACAGAAUUGGUAUGUGUUAAUAAGCCUCUUAACCCUGUAUGUUUUGUCAAUGAAUUAUUCCUGUUUUUUGGGCGAUAAAAGUGGUGCACUUCGACUUGAUGAAAAUAACAUGGCGGCACUAAACAAUGAACGGGUAGUUCAAAUCGAUUUUAUGUUCCUGCCGUACUAUCCAGAGUUAAAUUUUUUUUUCUGUCUUUUUACUGAAUUUAUUACUUAACUAAGUCUCUGUUUAGUUCCUAUUUUUAACGUAUCACUCCGCGAAUUUCAUUUUAUUUUACUUUAAUACUUCUUUUUGACUGGGGAGCCCAGGCUUCAUAAGCCUUCUCGGUUUCUUCUGGGCUCCCUUGCCAACUUACAAUUCCUAUAUGUAUUAUAUUUUGGCUAAAUAAAAAUGAAGUGAAAUGAACUCAACUUAACUCCUUGCUAAGAUUUGAAAUCUCGGCAACGUGCAACUGCAAACUGUGGUUUGCGGUUUCCUAUGAAAAACCUGAUGCUAAAGGUCACUAUUAACCAUGAAAAACCUAAAGCUAAAAGUCUCUAAUCAAAAACGUCGACUUAAGGGAACGUCUGACCACCUUGCCGUCCUUCAACACUCAGGGUAAACGUUUCGUGUUUGUUUUUCUCAAUCGCUAAUUUUUAUAUACUUCAGUCAAUGUAUAGCAGUCUUGUAGCCACACCGUCUGUUUGCCCCUUUUUCUCUUCUAGCCAUGAGCAACUUUCAGAAUUAGAUCUGAGUAGGAGAACAAAGUUCGGAUUAAAAUCAGUUCCGUUUGUUCCCACGACUCUUACUUCUUUGCUGUUAGUGUUGCUGAGUCGAUAAGGAAUCUUCAGGACACUAUUAGACCCAUUGAUGUGCUGAAUGAUCAAUAAAGAGUCACGAAGUAGACCUGAAAACUCGAAAUCGUACUCAGUGUCGUCAUUAAAUCUGAAGGCCUCUUAACCAAGCGAUUGAACAGGCUCUGUAGUGAGUGAUAGGACGAGCCUUCUCAUAGGCUUCAGAAUUGCCACAUUUCAUUUUUAUCCCAUUUGUCUUACAGGAAAGCUCAGUGGCUGAGGUCGAGAACGAGAUUUCCAGAGACAUUCUGGACAUCUCCAACACCACAACUCGUGUUCGCCAGUUGCAGGAUAUAAUGGAUAACUUAAAUGAAGAGAUUCAUCAAAAGAAUGCGACCAUUUCCAAGAUAGAAGGGGAAAUCGUGAAGAGGAACGCCAUUAUUGAAAGAAAACAAAGCACAAUUGACCAGUACAAUAAACGGAUUGACCAAAUGAGGAACAAUAGUGGGGUACGUGGCUAAUUUGUCUGCUACAGCUGGACAAUAUACCUACUUAGAUUUGUUUUAUUUUUUGCAAAGUUUAAUGGAUUUUUUUUUCUCGUCUUUAUCAGGGAGAAGAAAUCGGGCCACUGGAGCUACAAAUUCAUACCUUGCAGAAACAAAUUGAGGCCCGUUUAAACGAAAUUACUGAACUACAGCAGUUCUGGCUAAGAAAUCAAAGCGAACUGGUAAAAACCUUAAAAGAUGUACAGAAACAAUCAGAAGACAUGGAAUAUCUCAAGAAACAAUACACUAUCCUUCUACAAAAGAAGUUGAGGAUUGAAGGUAUGGCCGGGAUAUAAAAUACUGGACAAACUUGGAAAAUAUAAACUGCAAUUCGUUUAGAGCGAUUUUCGUAGGACCUUGAAAAAUAGUUUCGGUAAGUGUUCGUUAUUUGUUAUAUCAGCCGAUGGAUAAAAAGAUCAAACAUGGACUCUUUGUUUUUCCGCCAAAGAAAACCAUAGUAUGGAGAAGGCAUUGUUCGAUUAGCCAACCGUGUUGCAGUAUGAGGUCAAAGCGAAGUAUCGAUUGAUUUCUAGAAAGUUCUCGGGCAUGGAGUUUUUUCACCCGAGCGUUCGCUUAACCAACCAAAAGCCACGCGAAUUUGUAUUCGUUCGAUAAACCAGUCAAAUCGCUCUAUUUCCGUUUGUUUCUUGUUUAUCUGUUCUGUUCGCGCGUUUUCAUUUCAAGGUCACACGAAAAUCACUCUAACCUUAGAAUAAGUACUCGUUCACAAGUGGUUGUGAGCUCAAAAUCGAACUGGAUUUUGUUUGGAUACGAAGGGAGAGAAUAACCGGAAUAUCCGUUGAAAAAACCUUUUGUAGCAAGAUCAAGAAACAACAACAAAUUCAGCCCCUGUUUAUAUAGAGAAAACCUGUCCAGGAUAGAAGGGUCAUCCUCCAAGCCAAGUCAACUACAGUAAACGUUUAUAUGAGAGUAAAGUUGACCCCUUUUCCUGAGCCAACAGAGCUCGUGCAUGCUCUGAUUGUUUCACAUUGACCAAUUUCCCCGGCUGGGCGAGCUAAAGUGUUAAUUAUAUGGAGAAUAGUUGGCCCAGCUGGGCGGCUGACCAUAUCAUCACCAAAGGGUGACCCGGCUAGGUAGAUCAUCCUUCGGGCCAACCUCGUCACCAGGGCGUUUUUCCCUGGCUUUGAAGGUGGGGCGGGAAAACCGACCUCCAAAGCCAGGGAAAAGCGCCAGGGGGACGAGGUUGCCUUCGGGCCGAGCCAACUCUUUGAAAAUUACUCCGUUGGACCGGAUAAAUAUGCUGUUUUUCUUUUAAGGACGAAGGAUCAGCGCAGCUGAUUAUUGCGCGGCCUUCUGUGCGGGAUGUCCCGAGUUCGAUUCCCAGGUGUGACCUCAAAUCCUUGUUUCGACUUCUUUCCUUUCCGUAUUGCUUUACGUAGCUUUUAAGUACCCGUGAAACGGUAAAACGAAGCACUGAUGGAGAAAGGGGGGGGGGGGGGGGUAAAAUGAGCGCACCGUCGGCCUCAGGUUUGUUAGUCAGAUGACUAUUUCCAGUUACCGACGUAAAAUAAGGACUCUUUACACUUACCUUUCUUUUUGAGGUCUUCUCGGAAACACUCAACUCGUGUGUUUCAUGUGUUGAGUCUUUUCGCGACCACACAAUCUCGGGGGUUGUCUUAUUGCCCUCUCUUCUGUCUACGUUUCAUCGUAGGUGAAAUCAACUCGCACAACAGUGAGAUGCAAGAUAUUGAACGAAAUAUCCGCAGUAUGCAGAACGACAUGACAAAACUGAACACGCUGAUUACCAAAGAGAGUGGGCUAAGAGAAGCUUUGCAACAGGGGACCGUGUUGAUGGAGAGCGACUUCAUUCAGGCGCUCAAAGUAAGUGAUUAAUUAUCUACGACGCUGUUUUACUUGUGCUUCUUCCACUCGAGGCGCUGGACAUCCUUGAGCUUUGGGUGGGGGUUGUAAGUUGUCCACCCUUAGAAUCUGGGAAAGUAUCUUGCUUAAAAAACAGAGGUGAAGAGGAGAACUUCUACAUAGGUUGUGCGGCAAAACCAUUUGACUGGAUCAAUCUCGCACCAAUUUUUCUCCAACCCUCUUCACCUAAAUUCUUUUUUUUGGUUCAGUUUGUUUGUGUAGGAAGGAUCAAAUUGAAAACAUUACCCUAAUUUGUUAAGCUACAAUCCUUUUUGCUCGAAAUCCAGUGGCAUAACACUUUAUUUGUAGAUCUGCUGAAGCCAAAACAGAUUCCUUAUUAUUGUCUGUUUUAAUCUGUAUGAUAGGAGGCCGAAAGAGAGUCUAUAGACAUGCAGAAUCAGAUCGACGCGCUCAAGGAGGAGAAAGAAAGGCUGCUCAACAGCCUAGUGGAGGCAGAGUAAGUGACUUAGUUCACAGAGCGAACUGUUAAAUGCAGGGUUAAGUAAAGAGGCAAAGAAUGAAGCUUCUUUCUGGGCUCAUCCGCGGUGUAAGAACCUGUAACCAUCAUGAGUGACUUAAAACAAUGAAAACAAAAGAAGUCAACGCGAUGGGGCUGAAGAAAAUAAAAGGUACAAAACUAAGAAAAAACUUCGAAAGUCAUUAUACGAGGUAAACCCGAAUUUUGACAGCAAAGCUAGCUCCGUUUGUAACCCAUGGCGGUAGCCGAAGAGUUUCGACUGUUGUUGCUUGAUUGUUGCUAGCAUAAAUCAUCUGGACGACAAAUAGCCGGGCUUAAGUCAUCUAGCUGGCGCAGCCGUACCCUUAAGAAACAUUCUUUCAAAAGUUAAAAUAUUCUUCAAAAUAUAUAUUUUCAACGGUACUUGUUUGCUGUCUUUAGGCGUCAGAUCAUGUUGUGGGAGAAGAAGACGCAGCUAGCUCGUGAAGCUAAGAACGCUGUUGACCUGGAGUACGGUCAAGGCGAAAUCAAAGCCAUGAAAGCAGAGAUACACAGAAUGCAGGUCAGAAAACUUUCCUUUGUUUAAGAAUUAUAAACACUCUAUUUUGUCAUAGACAGUAAUAACACUGUUAUGUCGGAGGCGAAGCCGAAUCAUAUUAACACGGACACCAAAUGAACCAAAAUAGCUUGGUCGAACAACUGCUAACAUGGUGUGUUAACGAUGCAACAUUGUUUAACCAAUAUGGUUCUGAGUAAUCAUACCUAACACCGCCGUCUGACUUCCCUUACGCAGCUUUUGAAAUUUUUAUCUGUAAAGAAACUCUAGUAGUUGUCCUGUUCGUCAGCUUUUCCGCACUAUCAAAUGAAAGUCGUCAAUGAAAAGAAAAGAAAGUACAGCUAGUGCAAGUGAAUAAAGUUUGACUUCUCGCUACGUACCCAGGGAAGAUCAAUUGAGACACCGACAGUAGAACUGAAUGUAUCUGUUUGGUUUGUAUAUCAGUUGGUAUGACGUCACAGUAGGCUGAAAGACUGCACGAGACGUUCGCGGGCGCGCGCAUUCAAUUGCGUCAGAAAGGCUAAGUUGUGUUGCAAUCAGUCCACUUUGCUUCUUUACGUAUGGCUGUUUUCCUUUACAGUUCUGUUCAAAUGCGACAUUUAAUUUUUUAACUGGUACUCUUCCUGUGGAAAGAAAUAUAAACCAGAUUAUUCAAAAAUGUAAUUCUCGACAGUUGGAGACGUGGCAACCCAUUUGCAGUUAGGCCCAAAAUAGUUUAAAACUGUAAGCGCUUUUUUUUCACCCGUUCCUACGGAUCUGGUGCUAUUACAAAUACCUUUCCUCAUAUUUUAUCCACCACAGAAGAUGUUUCGCAGCCUUUUUUUAACAUCAGUAGUGGCGCAAAUUCUAAGCCUUAACGCUUUUGUAGUUAUGUUAAGGAAUUCAAAUAUAAUUUCCUAAACAGUUUACGGUGACCCGUAUUUGUCAGAUAACUGUCUCCUUCUCCGAACUAUUUACCGUGAAUAUUUUUGUCAAUGAAAUCAUAAUAUAACCCACAUAGCAAAGAAACUGAGCCACUCAUUUACUUGAACAAUUGAUCUCAAGUCAGCGCUUGUCUUUGAGACCAGCUGCUAACGAUUUCUAAUUUGUUUCUAGGUUCGUUACUCGCAGCUGAUGAGGCAGCAGGAGAAGAUGAUUCAGGAUAUGGAAAAGUCUGUUGUGCGGAGAGAAGUCAUCAUUACACGGUAACUACACACUGCGCAGCGGUCCGACUCUAUCUUAGUGCCGUUUUCUAUUCAGUAUCGAAAGUAAAAAAUUUAAUUUUGCUUUUGCAUAAGCAGAAGCUAAAGCAAUAGCCUGUGAACAGCAAAGCAGCAGUGAGUGAAGCGAGCAGCAGUGAGGGUGAUGUGCAUGUGUACCGGCUUUCGGGCCGGUUAGAAUAGCCCACGUUCGAUAUAUUAAAAUUCUAACAUGACUCCGAGAAGGGUCAAAAUUGCAAAUGUUUCACGACUCCAUAGACCCGCAAUUCCCAGAAGAGACUUGGGUACAAAGAAAACCAAACCAAAUAUAGAAAAAUGACCAGAAAGCCUCGGAUGCAUGUUAAUAUAUUGAACGUGGGCUAUUUGUCCCAUUUGUUACGUACCCGCGCGCAUUUUCCCACGCUUGGAGCCGGUUGCACAUGUUUUGAUCUGAUUGACGCAUUGGAUGUCGGCCUUUGUUGCGAUUGGCCACAGUAAUGGAUCUUUUUAGCUUGUUAAUUUGGCUGCUAUUUCAGACCACGUGAUGGUACCCCAGAGGACUGUUUCUUUUAAAUCUCGUCCUGCAUCCACGUGCAUAUGUAUGCAUAAUUUAUGAAACUACAAAAGGCAAAUUCCCUGAAGGACAUCACUGGGUCUGAGUUGGUGAAACAAAACAUACAAGCUAAGAAGGUCUAUUUCUUUCGUUUGGGUUUAUUACGUACACAUAACCGAUUUGAUUAGACUAAAUAAAAACAAACAAACAAGCAUAUAAAAGCAGAAGACUAAAAAAAAACAACCACCAUGGUGUCAAAUCGAAAUACUAAUUUCAACGUAACCCAUCUGUACACUGGUGGUGAGAACGAGCAGAUUUAGGGCACAAAGUCAGAAGUGUGCAGCCUGACCGAUCAUUUUGAAAAUGGAAUUGGCUUUCAGUGAGAGUUUUUGCUAAAAUGUUGUCAUUGUGAUGCGUGCUAUUCGGGAUACACUGACCUCGCUGGACAGUGUUGAUUAAAAGUAAAAUUUUCUUUCAACUGGACGGGUCUGACCGGCCAAUUCUGACUCAUUUUAUGCGCUCUUUAAUUCGGCCACGAGUAAGGCAAAAGAUACAACCAGCUGACAUGCACGAGAAGAAUAGUGUUCUGUUCUGAUUAUUUCUAAUGUGUUUCUUAACUGCUGUUUUUCUUAGUGGAGAUGCUCAAGCCAAGAUGGGUAAGGUGACAAACACCAAAGGUACGUUCCAGAAGAAACUAGCUGAGAUGAAAAAGAAAAUCAAGCAGACAAACCAAGAUGCAAACGCCUGUGAUACUGGUAAGCUGUUUAUUUUUGGUUUGCUUCUUCCGGCUGAUAAGCCAGAGGAUGUGAGUUUGGAGUUAAGGGUGGGGACGGGGUUUAUUUUGUAGUCGAAAGGCGCGAUUUAUUUUUAAGGAUUGUAAUGGUGAGCUUUUCACAAGUGAAGACAUCUUUUCAGGCGAAAAAAAUUGGUGUUAUAUUACAUGCAUCUUUCAUGACUGCAACGAGUCUUCCUAUCACUCAAUAGCUAGAUGGUCUGCCUUUAAAACUGACGUGUUAGGGUCCAACUCCCAUAAAGGCAAAAUGAUGAGUAUGUUGUGUACCUCUUUAAUCCCUAGUUCCUUGUAGUUCCUGUGCGUUUCUCAAAGACGAGCAAGGGGGCCAGUGCAUUAGCACAAGGAAGAAGAAAUCGCCAAGAUAACAAUCGCCUUCUUUCUUUCUUCAUGGAAUUUAAAAUGUUGAACAAAAAAGAUUUCUUGUGGGAGUAUUAGGUGCUUAAAAAAGCUGUUACAUUGUUUAACCUAGAUAUUCAAGUGCUCCGUGAAAAACAGAUGUCAGUGAGCCGCGAGUUAGAAGAAAAACAGACGACGUGCCAGCAGCUACAGACCAGUGCUGAUGAGUUGGAGGUGCAAAUAGAUACACUAUCGGAGGAGAGGCAGAGGGUGAGUUUCCAACACCUGAAUUACAACUCCUAGCCCCUAGUGAAAGAUUGUGUCAUAUCUUGGUCAUCGUCCUUUGCAACGAAUCUGUGCGGGGGGAGAUGGGAAAAAUUGUUCUCGACGUUUCUCGGCCGACAUUUCAUGGCGCCACCACUGAUUCCCCCGCGAAAUGACGUCUGAGAAAUUAGGGCAGAAAUUCCAUACUGAUGACGUAUCACUUCCCAGAUCUGGGUAGUGACGCGUCAUCAGUAUGGAAUUUCUGCGCUCGUUUCUCAGACGUCAUUGCGCGGGGAAACCAGUGGUGGUGUCGUGAAAUGUCGGCUGUUUUCUCAGGUUACCCUAGCCUCCUUGUGACACAAAGAGGCCUCCGCAGAGAAGAGGCCUACAUUUGAGAAAGUGACCACCAUUCUUCGCUUAUUCUGUUACGGGAGGUACGACUGUGCCUUGGUAGAGUGAACGCAAAUUCAUUCCCUGCUAUAAUAGAUGUUAAAAUGAACUGGAAGCUAACUUUAUUCGGGAUAUGUAUGCAUCAUUGUGCACUGUGUGCAGUAUGAAUUUAUGGUACAGAAGCUUUCGUCGUGUGAGACGUUUAUGUCGUCUUAAGACGACUUUAACGUCUAGGAUAAAAACGGUAGAUAAGGGAGACGCAUUUAACGUCUGACGGCAUUGACGUCUUCUGUUAAGUUGCGUCUUUCAGACGCAGUUAAUAGACGACUUUAAGGUCUCAGACGUUAAGUGCGCCUGUCUUAUUUACCGUUUUUAAAAAAAACGGGAUGCCGUAAAUUGGAACUCAUUUAUACCCAACUCGUCCAGAGAUGACUGGGAAGAGUCAGAAUUGUGUAUUUUUGUUUUUUACGAAAAAGACUCUGGUUUUUUAGUGUUAUCGUCUACUUUUCCGCGUCCCGUUUUUACACCAGUCGACUUAAAGGAGUCAGACGUUAAAUACGUGUAGAUAACUUUAACGUCUCUAGCAUAAAAACGGCCGAUCGCAUUGCAUGUGAAAGUUUUCAGCAAAAUGUUAGUUAUACCUAAUGACACCUAUUCACUCGUCAGAAUCUGGCCGAUAUCGUGGCUAAACAACAGAAGCUGAAAUAUUACACUCAGUUAAAGAAUGGACGCUACACACCGUUGUGCAAAACACCAGAGACACUAGAGAACGAGCUCCAGAAACAGCGGGCUCGCCUCCAGUCCCUCAUGACCAUCGUGGAUCGCUUGAAUCAGGAGUUUCCUCAAGCUCAGCCGACAUUGCGCAAAAUCACACUCUCCCUGGGAUACAGAGGAUUACCUGAAGAAGCUGCAGCGUAGUUUGUACCUACUCCUCCCAUAGGAAAAU